AAUUUCCAAGAAACCCCUGGGUUUCCUGGAAAAACACAGCACCAAAGCUAUUGCGGCAGGGGAACUACAUCUGCCGGUGUCUUUAAUGUGCUGGAAAAGCAAGUGCAGGAGUAUAAGGAAUAAACUGGACUAGGGGCCUCCUUUUCCUUUUAUCAUGAACUGGCACACUGCAAUCUACAUGUUACAUACCCCAGUGCAUGCUGUACUUCACAAGCAGAUUAUUUUUUCCCCGUAAUCCUGUGACCCCGUAUCUAUUGCAGAGUAGUUACUAGAAGAGGAAUGCAACACAGUGUGAGCCAACACAGUCGAGUCUGGAUAAACUGUGGCUAUGCAUACAACUAACAGCCAUAACUGGCUUCAGUACAGGAGGAGAUUCAGUUUAGCAUGAAGGUUAUUCCAGUUGGACAUUCCUAAACCCCACCCCCUACUCCUCCCUUCAAAGAGAUUGAAUUUCCUUUGCAUAUUUUCUUUGGAAGAGGAGCAGUAGAUGUGUGGUUGGUUGUUUCUUUUUCAGGGAGAGAGUGGAACGCUCUGUUGAGCUCUCAACGUGGAUUUACAGUUUGGUGACCGAGGAGCAAAUGAGCCUACAUCUCUCCGUGGGAGGGAAAAGACGCCACAUUUUCCAAACUAGGAUUUAUGCUUAGAUAAGAAGAAACUUGGCUUGGCUGAGGGACAGGGGGUUUCUCUUGUACCCCGGGAUCAUGGCCUGGCUGUUUGCUAGAAAUUGUUUCGCAGAAAUUGCCCCUGGAGGCAAAUUGUCCUCUUACAUAUUCAGAGCGUGGAGCAAAGGGGCUCUAAGUGCAUACAUGCCAGAGGCCACCUCUUUUCCUGGACCAAAGGACCACCACGGGUUGUACCAGGUAUCUGUGGAACAAACAGAUGCAUUCUGGGGAGCACUAGGGAGAAGCCGGCUUCUGUGGAUCAAUCCUUUUCAUUCUGUCAGUAACUGUAACCUGCAGCAGGGCCACUUGACCUGGUUCCUCGGAGGGCAGCUGAAUGUAGCAGGUAAGGAGAAAACAUGCUGUUCUUUCCGCCCCCCUGCCUCUAGGGAGGAAAUUCUAACUUCCAUAGACUGGAUCCUUUUUUUAUUAUCCAGUAUAAACACGGUAUAGAUGCGGGUGGCACUGUGGGUUAAACCACAGAGCCUAGGACUUGCCGAUCAGAAGGUCGGUGGUUCGAAUCCCCGCGACGGGGUGAGUUCCCGUUGCUCGGUCCCAGCUCCUGCCAACUUAGCAGUUCAAAAGCACGUCAAAGUGCAAGUAGAUAAAUAGGUACCGCUCCAGCGGGAAGGUAAACAGCGUUUCCGUGUGCUGCUCUGGUUUGCCAGUCAUGUUGGCCACAUGACCCGGAAGCUGUCUGCGGACAAACGCUGGCUCCCUCGGCCUAUAGAGCGAGAUGAGUGCGCAACCCCAGAGUCGGUCACGACUGGACCUAACGGUCAGGGGUCCUUUUACCUUUACCUAUAAACAUUCCAUUCAAGGUGGCAAAACACUUGAAGGAAGCUGGUGUGGGGCAUUGCAUGGAGCUGUGAUGUGCAUUCAAAUCCCUCCUCAACCUUGAAGCUCACGCCGGGUAGCCAUGGACUAGCUAACAUUUCUCAGAGUGGCUUACCCCACAGGGUUGUUGUAAGAAGAGAAUGGGGGAAGCUAUCCAUACUGUCCUGGCCUCUUUGGUGAAAGAAUAGGAUAAAAAUAUAUGUGACAAUAAUAAUAUAAUGUACAGAAAAACAAUAACAGGCCUUAAGGUGAGAUUCAUUGCCUUGUUGUUUUCUUCCAGAUCUGGGAAUUAUUUUAUUUCUUAUAGAUUAGACCAUAAUCUAUGGUCUUUGGGAUAAAAGUUCUGUCCAAAACUUCUUGCAGUGUGCCUGGUUUUUGCACCCAUGCUGGGUUCCGAACGUUCACAUUCCAGUCACACCAAAUUUGAGUCCAGGGGGCUCAGACUGACUAGAAGAGAACCACAAUAUAAUCAAAUAAUGAGUGGAAGCAUCAUGCAAGCAUGUGGAACACACCAUGUAAAAUGUGUGGUGGGAAAUAUCUGGUUUCCCAAAGCGCACUAAUGCAUAAAAUUGUUCAUUUGUUCAAGUAUGUGGCUGUUCUGUUGCCUAUUGUACACCAAAUGUUUUCCAUUUUAGCGUUCAAAGAUUUAGGGUGCAACCAUCGGCCACAUCUUUGUUUAAGAAUUCUUCUGGGACAAGAUAUUGUCCAAUUCUUUUGAGUUGCCACACUAUCUAUUAUUUAUUUAUUUCAUUAAAUUUAUAUACCGCUUAAUUGUUGUUGUUUUUUAAAGAAAAAACCCCCUCAAAGCGGCUUACAAAAAGAGUCUAGCCUGGUGCCGUAUCAAGUACCCAGGUGCGAUUCUAUAUCCUGACUGACAAUGGUCUCCCGGGUUCUAGUCCAACACUCUAAACGCUACACCACACUGACUCUGUUGAAGGGUAGAAUAUAUAUAUAUUUAAAAUACAGUAACUAAGAAAAAGGAGAUUGUAAAGUGGCAGAAAUGGAGACUCGGUGAGCAGUAACCCACACCACGAUUAACAUAAACUGUUGAACGCUAUCUAUGAUUUGCUGAGCGCCGAAGUGUCUCACAUUGUACCAAACAGCUGAUUAUUCAGCUGUGUUCAUUGCCUUAAUAACUGCUGUAGAGAGACUGGGGAUUAAGAAAUGAAUCUGAGUGUCUAGUAAACAGAAGCGUAUUUGAAAUGUAAUGGGCUGGUGGCAUUGAACCUUACUUUCCGCUACAAUUUUAGAUGGGCAAAAUGAGCAACUGAAAUAAUACAAGCUGUGAAACGAAAUAAUACAAGCUGUACAGCUAAUCUAUUACAGGAUGUACAAUCUACAAAGGUUGUGCAACUGAUGUGUUUUGGGCUGUGCAAAUAAUUAACUUGGGAUGUACAGCUUUGACUUCUGCAUAUUGAUAAUAGGUUGUGCAAUUGACCUUAGGCAGUGUUGUUGACACGGGGCAACUGCUACCUGCACAAUCUACUGUACAAUUUGUUACAAAUCAGCUGCAAAAUUGUCACUCAGCAAUCUGAUGAUGGCCAGUCUCUUCUUGUACAUUUAUAGAAUACUUAAUAUCGAUAAUUCCAGUACUUUUAUGUGUUAAUAAUAUUUAUUAUGCUUUUGUAUAUGCAGGAAACCACUCAGAGGGCCUGCAGCAAUAAUGACACUAUUAUUAUUAUUAUUAUUAUUAUUAUUAUUAUUAUUAUUAACGUUCCACUUUCUCCAUAACAUUGGAUAAACCGCAGACACCUGAGCCUGUCAUAAUGAGCAUCUUCUCUUUUAGUCAACUGUUUGGAUAGACAUGUCCACAAAGCCCCCAAUAAAGUUGCCCUGAUCUGGGAGAAAGAUGAGCCUGGGCAAGAGGAACGGAUUACAUACAGGUAAUUACUUGCCUUUUUGCACACCCAGACAAGGGAGGGGGAGCUGCAUUUAAAAACUAUUCAGUUUUCUAAUAUGUGUGGACAUUAUUCGUCUGGAGAAAAUGCCACAAUGCAGUCAGUUUAUAGUUCCCAUUCCAUAAUGUUAAGCUCAGCCUGCAAGUUGCAAUGAUGUUCUUAAUAUUGCAAUGCUGUGUCUUAAUAUCAGAACUCAAAUUUCAGUAUAUAAAGUGAUACUUUUUAGGGAUGGGCAACCUGUGGCCCUCAGGGCCGUCUUAAGCAUAUCCGGUGCUGUGGUGCAAAGGUCCCUUCGGCGCCCCCCCUUUCCCAGAGUUGUCGACCUUUUCCCAAGCCUCUGCGGGGAUCAUUCUCUUUCCACAGAGGCUUGGGAGGCAAGCUGCCUGCCCGCCAGCCAUAUGGUUGACGGGGCACAGAUGGCGAGCGUGCAGGGAAAGGGGAAGCCAAUGGCAAAGGUGCACAGCUCCUUCACUCACUGGGGCGUCCCUGAGAGGCCAGCGCCCUGGCGCAACACGCCACUAAGCCCAAUAGGAAAGACGGCUUUGGUGGCCCUCUAGAUGUUGCUAGACUCCAGCUGCCAUCAGAGCAGGGCUACUCCAGUGUGGUGUAGUGGUUAAGAGCAGUAGACUCAUAAUCUGGGGAACUGGGUUCGCUUCCCCGCUCCUCCACAUGCAGCUGCUGGGUGACCUUGGGCCAGUCACACUUCUCUGAAGUCUCUCAGCCUCACUCACCUCACAGAGUGUUUGUUGUGGGGGAGGAAGGGAAAGGAGAAUGUUAGCCGCUUUGAGACUCCUUCGGGUAGUGAUAAAGCGGGAUAUCAAAUCCAAACUACUACUACUACUACUACUACUACUCUUCUUCUUCUUCUUCUUCUUCUUCUUCUUCUUCUUCUUCUUCUUCUUCUUCUUCUUCUUCUUCUUCUUCUUCUUCUGUUUUAUACCAAGGGGGAAAAAGUUCCCUCUAGCCCAGUAUGACAUUAGCCUUCCAUAUCUUCCUUAUUCCUCUUACUUUUGAUGGAAGAUACAAGGGAGUCAGUGCUAAAGCUCAUAAAUGUGGUGCUCUGUAGUUAUUGUCCUUAACAUGAUUCAGAAGAGACUGGUGGUUUUUUUUUAAAGAGGGUAUCUAAACAACCAGGUGUUUUCUUUGGACAGAGAAUUGCUAGAGAUGACAUGCCGCCUUGGGAACACCUUGAAGCGACAUGGAGUGAAGAAAGGUGACCGAGUCACCAUUUACAUGCCCCCGUGUCCGAUGGCUGUGGCAAGUAUGUUAGCCUGUGCCCGAAUUGGAGCAAUACACACAGUGGUAUUUGCUGGAUUCAGUUCCGUUGCAUUGGCUGACAGGAUCCAUGAUGGUAAGAGCCUCCUUCACUGAGGACUGUACACGUCCUUUUCUUCAUUUUUCUUUUACUAACUUUAUAUACAGUCUCAGGGACCAACUGAGUGUGCAGAAAUAGUGAUUUAUAUGCAAAUAUUUCUGCCGUCAAUGUUCUCCUACCAAAAGUCCUUAGAGCACUCCAUCCUCCAGUCUUGAUGGAAAGAAAAGUAUGGAAAGGGGUGUCUUUUUAAAAAACUAAAAAAUCAUUUUAAUCAUGAUACUUUUUCCCUCCCUUCUCCUGCGUUGUAAUCUUCCAACCCAAGCCUGAUCCCAACAGCACUGUAGAGCUCAUGGCAGGCUGUGGAAUUACUUUAUAACAAAGCACAUUUGUGAAGGAAUCCCUACCAGCAUCAGGAAGGGAUUUUCUAGAGGAAGGAAUUCACCCCCUAUAUAUAAAGUACUUGAGCUGUGAAGAAAGUGCAAAAAAGAAGAAGUAAAGGACCCCUGGACAGUUAAGUCCAGUCAAAGGCGACUAUGAGGUUGUGGUGCUUAUUUUACUUUGAGGCCGAGGGAGCCAGUGUUUGUCCACUGACAGCUUUCUGGGUCAUGUGACCAGCAUGACUAAACCACUUCCGGUGCAAUGGAACACCAUGAUGGAAACUAGAGUCCGCAGAAAUGCCAUUUACCUUCCCACCAGAGCAGUACCUAUUUAUCUACUUGCACUGGCGUGCUUUCAAACUGCUAGAUUGGCAGGAGCUGGGACAAAGCAACGGGAGCUCACCCUGUUGCAGGGAUUCGAACCGCCUACCUUCUGAUUGGCAAGCCCAAGAGGCCCCGUGGUUAUACCACAGUGCCACCCAUGUCCCAUGCAGGGGAAAAGGGUACAGUAUGUUGUAUCUGUAUUGUUUUCUUUCAUCUUCUCCAGCUCAGUCUGAAACAGUGAUCACAGUGAACCAAGGCUUGCGAGGGGGCAAGUUGGUUGAGUUAAAGCAGACAGUGGACGAGGCUCUCGAAUUGUGUCCAAAGGUGAAGCGGGUUUUCGUUUCAAGGAGGACUGAUAAGAAGGUGCCCAUGUCAGGCCUGGAUCUGCUGCUGGAGGAGGUGAGAACCAAUACCCCACUCAUGGGCUGUAUUUGAACAUCAUUGGUGGCUCCAUAAGCCGCAGUUUAUGUAUGCUAUAAGCUAUAGAUAAGCACUGGGGCAGCCUGCUCCUCUCAUGCCUCUCUUCUCCUCCUCCCUCCCGCCAGCACAUAACAGCAUGGCAGGAGUGGUCAUUCACAGUGCUCACCUGCAAUUUCAUACAUUCAUUUAUUUAAAAUGUUUUAAUGCUGCCCUGAAAAUAUUCUAAACCUUCUCAAAGCAGUUUACAAAAAAUAAAAUAAAAAGUAAGGUAUAUUUAUAAGAUUCAAUUAGCUGAAACAUCAACAUUAAAAUAAAAUUUGAAAUACAUACGUAUUAGGAUAUCAGUACAGUGGUACCUCGGGUUACAGAUGCUUCAGGUUACAGACGCUUCAGGUUACUGACUCCGCUAACCCAGAAAUAGUACCUCGGGUUAAGAACUUUGCUUCAGGAUGAGAACAGAAAUUGCACGGCGGCAGUAGGCCCCAUUAGCUAAAUUGGUACCUCAGGUUAAGAACAGUUUCAGGUUAAGAACAGACCUCCGGAAUGAAUUCAGUUCUUAACCUGAGGUACCACUUUAACAGUGAAAACUAAAAUGGUAGAAUAUGUAAUAGAAAACCAGCAUAAAUUGAAAGACUGAAAUGUUUAAGGCCCAUUUAAGAAUAGUAAGGAAGGGAGCCAGGUAAACCUGCUAUGGAAGAGCAUUCCGUGAGGAUGGGACCAGCACACAAAAGGCCCUGCCUCUCAUGAGCUCAUAUAUCCUACUGGCAGACAUGUGAGCAGGGUCUCCAUGAUGGUUCCUAUAUAUAAUACAUUUCUGAAGCUGCUGUCAAACAUCUGGGGGGGGGGGAACCCACUAUUUUAGCCUUCUUAUAUCCAUUAUUGAGAUGUUAUUGAGGAAGAUGCAGAGGAAUCUUUAGGAAUCUGCAUUAGGAUCAUCAACUUUUUUUUUUUUAAAAAGGUGCCAAUAGCAGCUUCACCCUUUGGAGUGAGAUUUUAGCAGUAGGGGAGGGGUAUUUAAUCCUGCUUGCACAGUUACCUGAUUAAAAUUCCCCGCCCCCCUAAAGAAAAGCUCCUUUUGUUUCUACAGAAACAGAACAAUAAGGUCAAAAUGGUGUGGUAGUGUCAGACUAGACAAGAUGCUAAAUAAGUAAGUUGCAAUAACAUCUGCUUUUAAAAAGCAUAUAGAAGACAUGGGGUCUAUUUUCAUCAUUUUUAUGGGGAUGGGCCAUAGCUUAGCGGCAGAGCAUCCGGACACUUAGUGUGUAGACAAUGGCCCAAUGGUCUGACUGCAUAAGGCAGCUUUCUAUGUUUCUACCCAUAUCAGUAGGAGCGAUGGAGGCUAUACUUGUGGAGCUAAUAUACUGUCAAGCUUCUUUCUUCAGCCAUGAGAAUUUGAGAUAUGCUUAAAAAAACCCCAAAAGCUUGGGGAAGUGGGGAUGUGUGUGUGGAAAAGGUGGGCCCAGUCCCACUAAGCUUCCUUCUUAAUUUGGCCCUUGGUGCAGGGGGAAGUGAAGGAGGCCUGGGGGCUGUGAAGAGAGCCUACUGAGAGAGCUUCUCUGCUUCCUGUGACAGGAGAUGAUGAAGGAGGAUGUGACCUGUGAGCCUGCUGCCUUGGAGAGUGAAGAUUUACUGUUCCUCCUCUACACUUCAGGAAGUACUGGGAAACCCAAAGGACUGGUGCAUACCCAGGCAGGUUAUUUGCUGUACGCUGCCAUCACACACAAGGUAAGUCCACACAAGCGUACAGAGCAGAGAUAUCCCGUAACUUCACAGAGGACAAUUAAACCCCUGCUAACCUGCCAUGUCAUAUUUCCUUCUACGCAUCUGCUAUUGGAGAGCCGCGCAGGAGCUGCUGGCUAUAAUUUACUCCUCACUAAGGGAGAAUCUGGCUGGUCACAGGCUCGACAGCAACUAAGGUGACAGCAGACCCGAAGCCAGGCAUAGCGAGCAGCCUUAAUCAAAACUGGUGUCUCACCAUGAUGAAAGCUGUGUAGACACUUUGGGGAACUUGUAUUAUUUGCCUUACAGAGCUCAAAUCAAUUUCCGUACAGAUGCAGACUGGGAAAGAGCUAUGCUUAAAAGGCUUCUUGGAUGAUGAAAGCCUUCAGUAGGUGCCAAAAACAGAGACAUUACCAGUCUAAUGUUUAAGGGGGUGGAUUUCCGAAGGAUCGGUGCCAUAACACUAAAGACUCUGUUCUUAUAUGGUGUGGCGUGGACCUCCUAAUAAGUUGGUAUAUAUAAGCAGCCCUCACAAUGAUUGACUCAGGUAUAUAAGGACUGAGGCAACAUUUCACAUAUCUGUAUAGGACUUUAUACACCAAAACCAAAACCUUGAACUGACAGUAGCCCGGUCAGCCAAUGCAUUUAUUUCGACAGCAGGGUAACAUGUUGGUGAUAUCCUGCCCAAAGAGCAGUUAAGCUCUUGCAUUUCCCACCAGCUACAGCUUCUGGACCAACCUCAAGGGAGAGCCCCACAAGGAGCGCAUUGCAGUAAUCCUGCCUGGAGGUUACCAAUGUCAGCGGUCAGGAUUUCAUGGUCCAGAAACAGCCAUAUCUGUUUUACCAGACAAAGCUGGUAAAAGGCACUCCUAGCCACUGAGGUCACCUGGGCCUCCAGUGACAAAGAUGGAGCCAGGAGCAUCCUUGGAGUACAAAUGUGCUCUUUCAGGGGCAGUACAACCCCACCUAAAGCAAACAACUGAACAAUUAUCCCGACUGUAGAGUUACCUUUUCAGGGAAAAUCUAUUUAGUUUUUUAAAAGGUUGCCAAUGACUUGUUUGCAAUUAGAAUCAUAGCAUCAUAGAAUUGUAGAGUUGGAAGGGAUCCUGAGGAUCAUCUAGUCCAACCCCCUGGGAUGCAGGAAUAUGGAGCUGUCCAAAUUGGGGAUCAAACCUGCAACCUUGGCAUUAUCAGCACCACACUAACCAACAGCCUGUUUGCAGUAUUAAGCCCCCAUUACAGAUGCACUCUAAAUCCCACUGCAUUCAGUGGAGCCGACUGCCAGGUCAGUAUGUAGAGAAUUGCAAAAGUAUAGAUCAGUUCUAGAUAUGUCUUUCAAAAGUCAUUCUCACUGUAUUCAGCGGGGCCUAUUCCCAAGUAACUGUGCAUAGGAGUGUAGCCUUUCUCUGGAAGCCUGAUCCCAGGUUUACACAUUAAUAUAACUGAUAAUGGGAUUUAAUUCUGAGUAAAAAUGGUCAAUUCAGAUUGAGAAUCAAGUGAAUUCAUCAUCAUCAGAAAUUACAUUUUUAAUACUUCUAGCUGCAAUUCUUUGGCACAGAACAUAGGAGAAGGCAUCUGUGCAGUAUGUUACUUUGAGGCUACUUUGAGAGCCAGUGUGGUGUAGUGGUUAAGAGCAAUAGACUCGCAAUCUGGGGAACCGGGUUCGCGUCUCCGCUCCUCCACAUGCAGCUGCUGGGUGACCUUGGGCCAGUCACACUUCUUUGAAGUCUCUCAGCCCCACUCACCUCACAGAGUGUUUGUUGUGGGGGAGGAAGGGAAAGGAGAUUGUUAGCCGCUUUGAGACUCCUUCGGGUAGUGAUAAAGCGGGAUAUCAAAUCCAAACUCUUCUUCUUCUUCUUCUACUCUGUGAUUUGGUUCAUCCAUCUCCUAAUGUAUUAUUUUUAAAAGGAAAUGCAGACAUUAGUGGCUAUAAAUUUGAUUUCAGGAGCUGUGCUGGGGAAGGAAUACUCAACCCUUUUUUUCAUAGGCUACUAUUGCAAAUAAAAUCCCCCCUCCCCAGCUGCUUCUGCCCUGGCAGGUUCUCAUAAAAUGGAGGGGAAUAGUUUUGCUCAGAAAAAUGGCUCAUAGCGAAAGGGUUAAGCAUUCAUCCAGUGUUCAAACCUACAUUUUCCUGGAAAGGAAAAACAAAAAAAAAGUUGGAAUAUUGGCCACAGAGCUUCCAAAUGCCUUUGAAAACCACAAGAUCAGAUUGCAGUGGAUUUCUGCUUUUUUCUCCCUGCUGAAAGCAGCACUCUUGGUGAUGUCUUCAUAACGAAGCAACCCAGAGAAUGGCAAGUUUCCAUUGCAAACAUGCUGACCCACGCUCCUCUGGAAUCCUCAUCUGUCACCAGGAGGAUGACAUUGCUACAGCAACCCCAAUAACAAUAAGCUCAGAGAGUGGGGAGGGGAGAGGGCACGGGGUAUUGUUUUUCAUAACAGCUGCAGAAGCAACAGCCAGAAAACCUAGAGAGGAUACUUUUGAUAAUGAUCUGGUUUAAAAGAAGCAGGAAGUGAAACAAGAAAUGGGCCCAAUGAAAAUAAGUUUUGCCAAGUGGAUCAUCAGCCAUGCAGUCCAGUUGUUUCUGAAUAUGCUGUAACUCUAUUUUGCUCCAGGACAGCAUUAAAAAGCCAGCCACAUUUAUAGACAGGAGACUGAGCAACAGAAAUUGCAACAAGCUCUGAAAUGAUGAUUGUUGGUUACAGCAAGGAACAAUCAGGAGCACGAUGUUAAGGUUGCAGUAAUCUCUCUGGAUGCCCCAUGCCUGUCACAUAUGAUGGCAGGCGUGGGGCAGAUGAGUGUGGUUUGGGGGAAUCUCAUGAACCAGGCCUAAGGUAAAGGUAAAGGGACCCCUGACCAUUAGGUCCAGUCGUGACCGACUCUGGGGUUGCGGCGCUCAUCUCGCUCUAUAGGCCGAGGAGCCGGCGUUUGUCCGCAGACAGCUUUCGGGUCAUGUGGCCAGCAUGACUAAGCUGCUUCUGGCGAACCAGAGCAGCACACGGAAAUGCCGUUUACCUUCCCUCCGGAGCGGUACCUAUUUAUCUACUUGCACUUUGAUGUGCUUUCGAACUGCUAGGUGGCCAGGAGCAGGGACCGAGCAACGGGAGCUCACCCCGUCACGGGGAUUCGAACCGCCGACCUUCUGAUCAGCAAGUCCUAGGCUCUGUGGUUUAACCCACAGCGCCACCCGCGUCCCAGGCCUAAUUAGGCUCAAAAACAGUGUUGUCCAACCCUGCUGUUGAUAGAGCUGGUUUGCUGUGGCAAGCCAUGCAUACCCAUCGUUUGUUCAGCAGAGGAAGCGAGAAUGUCUCCUCCAGGCCUGGAGAGCAUUUCUUGAAUUUCUAAUUGUAAUUACAAGCUAUGUAAAGGAUGGAAGGACUCGGUCGGAUCAUUUUAAAGCAACAAGGGUGUUACAACUCUGGAUAAAACAAGCAUGGCCAGCAGGCCAAGCCACUUUUGCCACUACUGAGACCGAUAAUUGCUAUGAACACCACUGCACCCAAACAUUUGGUUUUUCCAUUUUGUUGUUCUAUGACAUUGCUUCCCACUGGGCUUGUUCACACAAUGCUUUUUAAAAAGAAGUAUCUGUCUCUUGGCACCGUAUUAGAAAAGUUUGUUUUACUCUAGACAUGUCUGGCCAGAGAUAUUAAAGGGAAGAAAAACAGGAAGUAUGAACGUUGGCAAGUUUUCCAGUACGGAAACAGUACCCCAACUAUAGAUAACUUUUACCCAACAGAUGUUAUGUAAACUUGUUGGGUGGGGAGGAAGUUGUUCUCAUUUCUUACAUCCCUUGCUUUUCUGCAGUAUGUGUUUGACUACCAUGAUGGAGAUGUCUUUGGCUGCAUUGCAGACAUUGGCUGGAUCACAGGGCACAGCUAUGUGGUAUAUGGCCCUUUGUGCAACGGAGGAACCACAGUCCUUUUUGAGAGCACUCCAGUGUACCCUAAUCCAGGUAAAAAACAAAACAAAACAAAACAAAACAGUAGACACAAUAAAUGGCUGUAGACAAGGCUGUUAAUGUAUGGAAGGGAUGGCCAGCUGUUGCCUUAAGGUAAAGUUGCCUUUGUAAAACCCCUUGCCAAUAAAUACAUUAAUCAAGGUGCUGUCAAUUUUUUUGCUCCAUUUCAUUCGUAAGAAAAAGGAGCAGUGAGUCACUCUGCAUACAUAUACUAGCAGAGGUUGCAUCCCAGCUUCCUUCCCUCACCAACCUUGCUUGCCCUCCAUGCCCUGCCAAGCCUCACCCCAUUGCCAACGCUUCCUCCUCCCUUUACAUUUGGACAAUCUGCUCCCUUUACAACAACACGCCAAAAAAGCCCUCUGUGGCUCACCUGGGCCGCUUGCCUGGGCAACCCACCUGCAUCUGUGUCCUCCUGUUCCCUCUUCUUCACCAGAUUCCUCCUUGCCUCACCUGAGUAGCCUGUCCAUGUGUCCACCCAACCAUGGGAGUGCUCAAAUUUAAAAUUAAAUGAAUAAAAGCUUCUGUGGUGUUUUUUUAAGUUUUGUUUUUUUUAGGUGAGUCACAGUUGGAGCGGUCAGUAAAACAAAAAUGGAACAAUUUAUUUAUUUUAAUUAAUGGGGGGGCAUGGAAGACCAAAAAAGCCCUUUGGUAUCACAGUGAGGGACCUCGAUAGGGAGAACUAGAUGGUGGGGGGCCGGAUGCAGCCCAAGGAUCAUGGAUUAGAUAAAGAAGAAGUUGUCAAGUUAAAGAGAGGCCAAUUGGCCCGUUGAGAAUUAUGCUCAUUCAUGUCAAGUUGGGCUUCACGUGCUUGAAAAAUACAACAAAGCUUCCUGUUUCCAGCAGUGGAAAAUGGCUGAUCCCACACAAUCGGACUUCAGCCGUUCCGAUAAUUCAGGGCUGAUAUGGGGGUAAUUAGCCCUGGCAGCCUCCCCAGGGCAGGGGAGGGCUGUCUCAACGACCUGCGGUCUGCCCCAGAUUGCCGAUGUGGCAGACAGCAGGGGCACUGGGUCACGGAACUAGGGACGGCUGACACUCCUGCGACGCCACCCCAUAGCCGGACGCAUCUGUUUGGGAAAAUAUAAAGAUUUGGAAAACAAACAGACACGCUCUGAAUUGAAGAAGCUGGAAAAACCUGCAGUAUGUACAGUCUCUGGUGCAAAAGAUCGAACUUCAAAGAGAUCCUCAUCAUGACGUUUGGAAUGUGGAGGGGCUUGGUAUGUAAAAAAAACCAUUCUUUUAUCCUUAACAUCAACAAUCCGUAAUGCAUGCCAAGUCUCAUUAAGAACUUAAAUUGCUCUUCAAAAAGUGAGUUCAGAUGGACUUUUAUAUAUAAUUGGGAUCUACUCGCAGCCACUUCUCUUCUAAGACCGGAAAUGUCUGUUAAAGACGAAAACAAAGGACAAAGGACAAAAUGGCGUCUCCCACCACGUCGUUAUUGAAUAUCUGAAAUACCUCCCUGAUUAAGAGAAACAGGAGCUAACGGAUGGUUGGUUAUAAAGACUGGAAACAAUAUUACAUAUACAACUGUUUGCAAAAAGAUGUUUUUUUUGAUUACGAGCGAGAGAGAGGGCUAAAUGGAUGUCUGGCAGCCCCCCUCUAGGGCCCGGAGGGGGGACUGGGAAGAUUCCAAAGGCCAAUUGCUAACUGUCUGAUAUAUGGCUACAUUGCAAACAGUCUGUUUAAGAUAAAUCAACAAGGAGGGUACAGAAGGAAAUUUCUCUCUGUUUCUUUGAUAACACCUGGACAGGAAAGAUUAACGAUCUGGGAGCUGCCAAAAUAACAACUCUCAAAGAGCUGGACAGAACUUUGAAAUUGGAUGCAAUUAAAUGAAGCGGUGCGAUGAAAAAACAGUGCGAUGAAGGAGUACAAUAUACGGACAAAUCUGCACUCCAUAGAAAGAAAAAAAAGUAUCGGUUUUCUGACAUGAAUGAGGAUCGUAGAACCAGAGUCAAAAUGUGGAAGGGAAAAAUCGGACAUGGAAUUAUGAAUAACAUUGAGGAUGAUGAGAGGCAGGACUAUGAUGUUGAAUGCGCUUCGAAAUUCAGACCGUGGGAAGUCAAAACAAAAUUAUUACAAUUUGGAAGACAAUUGGACCUUUUUUAUUUUAGUUUUUUAUUUUUAUUGGAUCUGAUUUGAUAUGUUAAUUGGAUGUUUUUAUUGGAAAAUUAAUAAACGCUUUAAAAAAAAUAAAAUACAACAAAGCAUGGCUAAUUCAAACACAGGGGAUAAUGACCACUUCCUGAGGUAACUGGUUUCAUCUUUUUAUUUCAGGACGUUACUGGGAAACGGUGGAGAGGUUAAAGAUAAAUCAGUUCUAUGGAGCCCCUACAGCUAUUCGCCUACUGCUUAGAUACGGGGAUGAUUGGGUAAAGAAAUAUGACAGAUCUUCCCUCAAAAUCCUUGGAUCAGGUAGCUAUUGCACUGGAUCUUUGCACUCCUAUUCAUGGCAAAGCCACAUAAAAUAAUAACCAAGUUUACAAAUUUGGUCCAAUAUUUCGCAGGAGGUGGAUUGAUGGAAUCUGUGGUGCCCUCAGGUCAGGACUUUGGGGCAGAGGUCCAAGGCAGACUUGAGUAGGAGGGCCCCCAAACACAUCGGAGCUGGCUUAUCACACUUUGAAGUACCUGCAGUAAUCCACAUGGCCAUCUAAAGAGCUCCUCACCCAAGACUAUUCAAGUCCAGAGCCUAAAAUUACACAACAGCUCUGCUGGGUGGAAUGUGGAAAUGAUCAGACAGAUCCAAAUAUAUUUAUAUACUACAGUGGUAUCUCGGGUUACAGACACUUCAGGUUACAGACUCCGCUAACUCAGAAAUAUUACCUCGGGUUAAGAACUUUGCUUCAGGAUGAGAACAGAAAUCAUGCUGUGGCGCGGCGGCAGCGGGAGGCCCCGUUAGCUAAAGUGGUACCUCAGGUUAAGAACAGUUUCAGGUUAAGAACGGACCUCCAGAAUGAAUUAAGUUCUUAACCCGAGGUACCACUGUACUACUGCUUCACAGAGAAUAUAUAAGGGAAUGCAAAAAGAACUGGCUGACAAGAGAUUUAAUUUAUUCCAUUGGACAGGGUGUUGUGACGUCUAAAGCUUGCAGGCGCUUCUUUCUUACAAGCUUUUUGCUUCUUUUCUUCCUCUUGCAGUGGGAGAACCUAUCAACACAGAAGCAUGGGAGUGGUACUUCAAAGUGGUCGGAGAUGGACGGUGCCCUGUAGUUGAUACCUGGUGGCAGACAGGUAGGAAGACUAUCAUUUUACACAACUUGUUAAGUAGGAUCUGAAGAGAACCCGUGCAGUUUUGGUUAUUUGCACAUAGGGAUGUAUUCAAUCAAUCAAGAAACCUGUCCCAGCAAAAGAAAAAUGGAUACAAAAACUUAUGGAAUAUGCAGAAAUGGCAAAACUUACUGGAAAAAUAAGAAAUCAAGAUAGCAAACAUUUUAUAAAAGGAUGGAAAUGGUUUAUUGAAUAUUUACAAACAAACUGUAAACAGAUAUGAACAGUGGCAGGAUUAUUGUAAUAGCCUGCAGAGUAUAUAUUUAAAGUAGAUGAAUAAAUGAACAAAUUAAGUUAAUUUGGAUAUGCAGAAAAUAUUAAAAAUAAAUUUAAGGAACUACAGAAGGAGGGGGAAGGAAGUCAAGUUUUGAAAUGUUAAAAUAACUGUAUAAUUAUUGAAAUGUAUAAACCUGAAAAUCAUUCAUUCAUUCAUUCAUUCAUUCAUUCAUAAAUGAAUGAAUGAAUGAAUGAAUGAAUAAAUAAAUAAAUAAAACGAAUGAAUGAAUGAAUGAAACUUGUAUUCUCCCCAUGCUCCUUAUGAAGACCAGUGGCUCAGGCCUUUCUUGACAUUCUUAACACAGGAAAAGCAUAUUUGCCUUUUGCAUACAAAGAACUGGAGAUCAUAGAAAUGUUUUCUUGUUAGCAUUCUCUUACUGACCAGAUUUCAAGGGUGUUGAAGUUUUGUUUUGUUUUGUUUUGUUUUGCUUAGAAACUGGAGGCAUCUGUAUUGCUCCUCGACCUUCAAACCCAGGUGAUGAGAUUCUUCCAGCCAUGGCCAUGAGACCAUUCUUUGGCAUCAAACCUUCCCUUUUGGAUGACAAAGUAAAUUUCAUUUCCAUCUAUCUAUCUAUCAUCUAUCUAUCUAUCUAUCUAUCUAUCUAUCAUCUAUCUAUCUAUCUAUCUAUCUAUCUAUCUAUCUAUCUAUCAUCUAUCUAUCUAUCUCUCAUCUAUCUGUCUAUCUAUCAUCUGUCAUCAUCCACUUUUAUGUAAAUUCUCGGUCAUGUAAACAGCAAUCAAUAUUAAAAACUAACAGACACACAUGAGCAAGAAUCUCAGUCUAAUGUGGCUUGUAGGUCAAGAUUUUUGGAAGGAUCAAGCAGAAUUUGAGAUCAGGAAUCUACCGAAUCUACCGGAAUGCUGAAUUCCAAGCUACUUCCUUGGUUGCACAGCAUGAGCUAGAUGUGCAGAAUACAUUACAUUGUAAUUCAUUCAUUUAUUUUUUAAGAGAACCCCAUAUUUCUUGUUUUCAAGGGAAAACUCUUAACACAGAAUGAUGUCUCUGGAGCACUUUGCAUUUCUCAGGCAUGGCCAGGCAUGGCCAGGACCAUAUUCAAUGACCACCAGAGGUUCGUGGAGACCUACCUGACGCCUUACCCAGGUACAGAAUUGUAGAGAGGGAAAGGGAAAAGGAGAGCAGUGAAGGGUUAUUGCCAUGGGUUCAAAGAACGGGUUCUUUAGGGCAUAUGUAUUCAAGAGGCUUGUGGAACCAGAGAAAACUGGGGUACAAUUUCUUAGUCAAACUAAGGACACAACACCAUCCACCUAAUUGCCUGAACAAGUUUUUAGAAGUAAAUAGCAGGUACUUGGGGCCUGAUCUGGAUCCUGGCAGGGGUAGAGGGCCUCUUGCUAUCCCCUUGUGAAAGCGAUGAGUAGAGAACAUACUGAACAUGUACCUGUAGCGGCACAUUGCAACAGAAGAUCUGUUAUGAAUAACAAGUGUCUUUCAGUGAAGCUCUUCUCCCCAUGGAAGAACUCCAGGAUCCCCCAAGCUAGUUUAAAAUCUAUUGCCUUCAGCAUGUUAGAAGUGAAAAUGAUGUCUUGUUUUGAUCCUCCUAGGCUAUUUUUUCACUGGGGAUGGAGCGUAUCGGACAAGCAAGGGAUACUACCAGUUGACAGGCCGUCUGGAUGAUGUCAUCAACAUCAGUGGGCACAGGCUGGGCACGGCUGAGAUAGAAGACGUUGUGGUAAGAAAUUGUGUCACAUCUAUAGUUUACUAGAUCUCACAGUUGUCACAGUUGUCUCUGCCAUGUCUUAGCAGCAGCCUAAGAAAAUAGGCAUGUGCUAUGAGCUGGCAGCUGCCACUAGCUGCUGCAGGACUGACGUCUGCAAGUGGUAUGAUGACUUGCCAGUCCUUUUACUUCGCCAAUGCUCCUCCAGCAUUCAUUCUGAGCAAGGCAGGGAGGGGAUGACAGUAAUUGAGAAUGCAAAACAAAUUUGAUAACCAGAAGGAUGUAAAUGAAUGUCUCCGUUUUUAUUUAUUUGGUAAACUAAACAGUGAAUCCCAGUUGCAGAAUUUGUGAUUUCUACUCACAGAAUUCAGCAGGUACUGGAAUCUCAAAUGGCUCAACUAAUAAUUUACUGAAGUCACCUCAGGGAGACUUUAGUGUUCUGCUAAAAUGGGCUUAGAAGAAAAGGUCCUGAACUACAAGACUUCAGAAGAGGUGUCACAGCAUUGUUAGUUACCAAAGUAUACCUAUGAUUGCUUCUCUUCUCACAGUUGGACCACAUUGAUUUUCUGAAGAUGUCAUCUCACACAGUACAUCAUUCCCUGGUAGCAUUCUUUGCUUGAAAGCAUCUUCAGCUUAAUAUUCUGACUUACCCUAUACUUUUGUCCUAUAGCGUAAACAUUCAGAGGUGGUACUUGGUCCCAUUUUACAACUGGUGUAUCUGAUCUGUAUUAACAGUGAUAAAUAGUAAAGUAGGGACUGGGCCUAUCACAGCCUUUUACCCUGUCAGGAGCAAGGCCAGAGCUCAGGGAUGAUGGGAGUUGUAGUCCAACAACAUCUGGGGACCCACAGGUUGAGAACUGCUGCUUUAAGUGAAUCUUACCACAGACCUGCUUGUGUUUCAGAAUAAGCACGGGGCAGUGGCAGAAUCAGCUGUGAUUGGAUUUCCUCACAAGAUCAAAGGAGAAGGUGAGCAAUUCAAGUCUAGAUGCUAAUGCUUGCACCCCCUUGAGUGGCUCUCCAGUGGGAUUUUUCUUUGCACGUUUACGGCAUUAUUGGGAAGAGUAAACAGAAGCAAAGAGAAGGAUCUCACAGCAUCCACAUGGGAACUUCUAAUGGUAGUUGGAGUGAGUCCCUGCUUAUAUCUAUUCCUGGGGUUCCAAGACUGUGGGGACGGGGGAGGGGGGGACACCAGUGGUCUGUGAACAUUCAAGCAUGCUGUGGAUUUGUGGUGGAAGAUGGGCGACUGCACACCAUUGUAUUAAAAAUUCAUAGGCUCUUCAGUUGCAAUUUAUAUUGCUGUUUUUAUUUCUUAUACAGUGGUACCUCGGGUUAAAUACUUAAUUUGUUCCGGAGGUCCGUUCUUAACCUGAAACUGUUCUUAACCUGAAGACCACUUUAGCUAAUGGGGCCUCCUGCUGCUGCCGCCGGAGUACGAUUUCUGUUCUCAUCCUGAAGCAAAGUUCUUAACCUGAAGCACUAUUUCUGGGUUAGCAGAGUCUGUAACUUGAAGCAUAUGUAACCUGAAGCGUAUGUAACCUGAGGUACCACUGUACUGUAUUUUACUGUACUGCAGCUUGAAUUCUAUAUGGAAUUCAAGUUGCAAAACAACACAACACAUAAUAAAUAAAAGCAAUUAAAAAAUCACACAGCUUCUAGCACCGCACGUUACAAUUGCUGCAACAGGCAGGAAAAAAAAGGGGGGGAGUGGUCUGCCAAGGCCCUACUUAAUUUUCAAGUGGUCCGUGGGAAAAAAGGUUUGGGAACCACUGAUCCAGUUUAUUCAAGCCUUGACAGGGAGAAGUGACAGAGACCAGCUGUUGAAAAGACGUGCAGUGGGCUAGGGAAGGAUGGCGAGAACAGAGGAAAAGAAUGUACAGUAGCCAAAAGCUCCCAGACUUCCACCUGCAUGUCUGCAGAGGCCUAUUUUAUUGUACGGAGCACAUAAGGCUGUCGAAUUGAUCUUGUAACACAAGCCUGAACUUUUUUUUACAGCACAAAAUAAUAUAAAUAAAUAAAUAAGGAAGAUAAUUAUACCCCACUCUUCUUUUUAUUAUUUAUCUAUGUAUUCAUUCAUUUUUUAUUUAUAUUAUUUACAAGCAACUGCCCUCUUGCGCACGAUCAGCGCCACGUGCUCCUGCUAACACACAUGCCCAAAACGGCACUGAAAGGGGGUGGAAUGGGGCAGGGUGGGAACAGGGCAGGAAUCUCUGCUUGUGUGUGUCCUGGUGAUGCGCACAUGUGGCCUGGAACAGAAACCUUGCGCGGGUGGGAAUUCCCCUGUAUUAAAUUUAUAAACCGUCCUUCAUCCGAAGAUCUCAGCGUGGUUCACAAGACAAAAUGUAAAUGCAUCACUCACAGUUGCACGCAUAUAUAUUUUAAAUCGCAUGGGACAAAUCAACAAAAGAGACUGGGUCAGCAAUUAAAACAAAGUCACAAAACCAAAUAAAAGGGAUUGCAUAUUGAAGCCUCCUUGCAGCAUACUUCUUACUUUGGCAUGGAAGUAAUUGCUGAAGCUCCCGGCCACGUGAAUCCACACUGAAACUUUCCCCCCUGGAAACUGGAGUGUGGCGUUUAUGACAUUACCUUUGCUACAUGAGCAGCAGCUGCUUGGCAGGAGGUGCCGUGCCACAAAAAGUAACACCCGAAGGGGCUUUUCGCUUCCAUUUUACUGACACCAAGAGAUGGCAGAGGGUUAUGACAGGAGUAGAAGCGGCAGUCUGCUUUGGCAGGCACUUCUACGCAUGCUGAUGGCGCAUCCUUCUCCUGGCUUCCUCUUUCCACAGGUGCCUAUGCCUUCAUUGUGCUGAAGAAGGGCUCUAAUCUCUCUCAAGAGAGCCUGGCCUCCGAGCUUCGAGGGCUCGUCUCAAAAGAAAUUGCAAAGUAUGCAGCACCGGAAUAUAUUCAGGUAACAAUCUGAGCGAUUUUCCUCUUCCGCAAAUUUCCAUCACUUUGCGCUACAUAGUGCUUAAUGUUCAGGGAGGGAUUUAAGGUGACUGUUCUAUCAGCGCAGACAUUUCAGCUUCCCAGGAGGAACAACCCCCCCACUUCUCAGCGCCCUGUGCAGAGUUUCUGGGGCUGCCUUGACCACCCAAGAGCCAAUUUGGGUGUGCAUGCGCAGUGGGGAGGUUGCACUAACGGAAGCCUUUGUGCAGGCUUCCACUAGCGGGACGAGUUAAUUGAAUCCAGUUAAGGGCAGGAUCUAGGGUAAAAAGCAUACAAACCAGCUGUGUAACCACUGCAGUAAUAUUUCUAAAUAUUUUUUAAAAUGGGCUAAAGUAUUCAGAUCCUUCCAUUCUCACUGCUGGUUUCCUCUAGAACAGCAGCAAUGGCCACAUUAAGGAUCUUGUGGGUUCCAAGAGUGCCUUUAGGAUGCAUCAGUUCCCUUCCAACAUGCCCUGCAUACAUUUCAUGUUAUGAGAGCAAAUACAUGUGUGUAGACUGCCUUGAGCAAGUUUUACUACAUAUACUUGAAUUUAUAUCCCACCCUUCCUCCUAGGACCUUAGGGUGGCAUGGAUAUUUAUUGACUUCUCUCUCCCCUUUUUUAAUUCUCACAACAACCUUGUGCUAUGUUAAGGCUUGGAGAUAGUGGCUGGCCAAGGAUGGUUCAUGGCCAAGUGGGGAUUUGAAUUUGGAUCUUUCCAGUAUUAAGUCUGGCACUGCACUAGUCUGGGCUCACUCUGACACAUAGCAUGAUAGCUCCUAAAAGCCUAAUUUGCCUCAGUUCCAAAUACAGUUGUAUCUUGGAAGUCGAACGGAAUCCAUUCUGGAAGUCUGUUCGACUUCCAAAAUGUUAGAAAACUGAAUUGUGGCUUCUGAUUGGCUGCAGGAAGCUCCUGCAGCCAAUCAGAAGCCAUGGAAGCCCCAUCAGACGUUCGGGUUCCAAAACAACAUUCAUAAACCACAACAAUACUUCCAGGGUGUUCAGGAUUCAAGUUACGACUGUACUGCCUUCUAAGAGCUGGCCAAAUUGCUGUUGCUCUAAAAGCUAGGAUUCCUUCCUAAGGGCAAUGAGCAAGAUGAGGGUUGAGGGAUUGCCCUGAGGAACUAGUGGGAGGAGUAUGGCUGCAGCAGAGUUCCAGAUGCAAACGUGUGUGUGUGUGUGUGUGUGACUUCAAGUACAUUUCACUUUCUCAGGUUAAUGUCAGCAAUGUACACUUCCCAGCCUUGCUCUAACCCUUGUUUUCUGGUUCAGGUUGCUCAACGUCUGCCCAAGACUCGCUCAGGGAAGAUUAUGAGGCGAGUUUUGAAGAAGAUUGUAGAAAACAAAGCAGAUGAGCUGGGAGAUCUGACAACCUUGGAUGAUCAUGAGGCACUGAAAGACAUCAUUGAGGGACACAAGCAGAUUCAGAAGCAACAGCAGGGGCGGUAGCUCAAAAGCUCUCUCAACAGCCUAAAGGAAGCAUCGCUCAGAGUAUUUUGCAAGCAGCAGCUAUUCCACACUUGUUAUCCCUUUCAGAAGAGGGAGUUCAUUCACUGUGAGUGAAAGAAUUCCAAAGCAACCAUCAUUUUCCAAGACGGGGAAAGAAUGUGCUUAUUAAGGCUGGACACAAAGUCUCUUCCCUCCCUCCCUUGGACUCCCAGUUGUGUGUGGAUUCCAAGGCUUAUGUAUUGUAGCAGAAAGCUGGGGUUUUGCUUUUUUUGCAGCCGAAGUCUGCAGUGAAGAAUCUCCAAACCAAAUAAACUUCAAGUUAAAAAGAAAAUUCACACUGGAACAGAUCUGCAAGUCUGUCUACUUUACUCCAGGUUCUGGGAGGGGGGGGGAAACAGUCGGUUUUCGCCACCUGAAGCAUUCAUUGGGCAGGUAGUUAAAAGGAGAGCGGAGGCGGCAGUACGGAUGUAUGAAUAGAGAAAAGUAUACAGAAUGAUUGGAUGCUGUGCAGAUCUGGGGCCUUACCAUGACUUCUUCCAGAUUCUGGACUUCAAAACAAUAUAGGACAAACACACACGUUUUCAAGCUUUGUCUUUCACGUCACUCUUCCCUUUUAUUAUUCUAAUCCCAUAAAAAAAUACAAAUUAGUCCAAAGAAAGUAGCCCUUGCAGUUGGCAUUAGCCCACGGAUUCUCUGCUAGACAGCAUUUCCACCUGUCUCAAUGAGACACUUCAGUGAGGUCCGUCUAGACACCUGCCUCAGCUGCAGAUAUGAAUUACUGCAUGCAAUAUUACUGAAUAUAUUGCAGCCUUGUCAAUCACAUGCCUUCUAACUGCUCUGCUGGUUCAAAUGCUGACCCUCCAUGGAAACUAAAGAUGUGGAGGAAGUACACCAGGCUUCCUCAACCUCAGGCCUCCAGAUGUUUUGGGACUACAAUUCCCAUCAUCCCUGACCACUGGUCUUGCUAGCUAGGGUUCAUGGGAGUUGUAGGCCAGAAACAUCUGGAGGGCCGAGGUUGAGGAAGCCUGAAGUACACUGUUGUGGUAUGAAGGCCUGAGAUCCUCAGCACUUUCAGGCUCUUUAAUGAACGCUUAUUUAAACAAAAAUAGGUUCAUCGGGUGAAGGGGAAAUCUGUGUAUAAUAUAUGCUUCUGGUAAACUUCCAAAACAGAUAUGUAUUUUCACACUUGUGGGCAACCAGGAGCAAGGCAGAGAUAGAGAUCUUCCCACAUGGAGGCUCCUGGCUGUGGCAACGAGGCAGAAGCUCUAAUACUGAAACAAAUACAUCCUUCUCAGUCUCAGAUGAGAAGGAUCCUGCUCCAUUCACUGCCAGCACUGCUUCAAUGUUAUUCAAAGUUGUUUUCACUUAAAGAAGUUGCAAGGAUGGAAGCAGCAAAGGCCUCUUCCUUCCUUCUGGGAGAGAUCUUGAGUGGGAGACGCAGCAGUCAGAACAGUGGACUGGUAGCCAUUUAUACAGAAAGGCCAAGGGGGGGGGGAGGAGUUUAAAUCCCCCUGCUCUUUCACAGUAUAAGCUGGAGACCUUUGGGUCAAAGAAGCCUUAAUGCACCUGCUGGCUUUGAAGUCCUGAAAUAUUUCAGAUACAUGCUUCCUGUAAAAGGUGUGUUCAUUUCAAGGCACUUUGGUAUGUGACCCAGCUGAGGCUUUAGUUGCAUUCUUUUUUGCUGUUGUCCAUGACAAGUCAGAGAGUGGCUCAGUCUUUCUUUACUCUGCUGAGCUCCCAUUUACCUUCUCCGUACAGGUUCAGACGCCAACUGUGAAACUGAAAAUAGAGAGUAAGUACAGAAACAGAGAGCUAUGGCUUUAAGAGGGAUUUUGCCAUCCACACACACACACCACUGGCCCCUUGAAAAUAAAACCUUAUCUGUCCCAGCAGUUCUGCUCAGACAGAUUGACUCCACACCACCCUACCUUUUCCAGGCUCUUGCGAUGUCCCACGCUGACCAGAGUCAUUCCCAGGUGUGCACAGAUCCUGUACAGCUCAUCCUCUGCAUCCUCUGUGAGUGCGCUGGUAGCUUCAUCCAGCACUGCAAGCAAAAAACAACAACACCCAUACGGGAAUCCUCUCAAUAUGGCACCAUCCAAGUCUCUUCCUCUUGAAUAAAGUGUGACAAAUUUGCAAAGUGAUAGCUGUUCACCAGUCGUUUUCCAUUACAAAAGGCAACCUGAACACUCUCUACAUACUGGGCUGGUACAAUGGAGAGUUCUGACCCUCUAAACCAGCAAGAAAAUAUAAGCCAGUUACAAAGCUGAGGAAAAGAGGCAGAUUGGGAUGGUUAGAUUAGAAGUUGUGGUGCCUGCCAUCAGUAAAAUCACAGGCAGUAGCCAACAGGUAGCCAAUGGCCCCUGUGCUACCUUCUUCUGCACAACAUUCCAUCUCAUAACGCUGGCUAUUCAGGGAUUGUCCGUGGUCAAGGUAAAAAGCAAAGCAGGGAGCCCCAUAAUUAAGGAACUCAGAAAGAAACACCUUCCUCACCUGCAUACUGAGGCUGGAGAUAGAAAAGUCGGGCAAAGGAGAGCCUCUGCAUCUCCCCUGGAGACAGAAUAUCAUACCUGCAGCAAAGGCAAAACAAUCUGUGAUUAGAACAACCUUGCAGCUCAAGACUUGCCCACAGCAAACAACAGGAGCCCCACUGUCACACUAAGCAGCCUUACCAGUUCCAGUCCACUGGCUGGUCCAAACCACCUGUCCUGGCUAGCAAAUCAGACUGCAUAAAAAAGAAGGUGAAAAACAAAUUAUUCCAGCCUUGGUCAAGAGGUGGACACAGCCAUAAGGACAUUUUCUGUCUUAAUCCUGCCCACCCAUUGCCAGCUGGUAAUUAGUGUCAUCUUGUCAUUUUUGUUUUGCUCCCAUGCCUUCUAUAUAAUCAUCAUGGUCAUCAGAACUUCUGUUGCUUUUGCUCAUACGAUGUACAUAAACCAGGGCUUAAUUUGAGCCAGAGCUCAGCUUUGGAAGCAGUUUUUAAUAUAGUUGCCCAUGUUAGGGGACAUUCGGCACAGAAACGUGUGUAUACCUUUAAGAAGUUUCUGGGAUUAAUUGGCUGCAGCUGGCCGUGGCUAUAAAGGGAAAAAGCUGAGUUUUGUGGCCUGCCUGCAGGAAUAACACCCACCAGAGUUUGUGUUUAUUGUUUAGUAAUAAAGUCUUCGUUUUAGUUUGGGUUUUU